UUAUCUUAUCUGUGCCCAAAAUUAUAUAAUAGUGACCGGGUGCCGAAAUAUUUCAGUAUCAAUCAUAACUUCACAGACUUUGAACAUAUUUUUUCAAGGAAUAUAAAAUGGAGCAGUGGAAGAAUCGAGUGGCGGUCGUAACUGGCGCUUCUUCAGGAAUUGGAGCUGCAAUUGCCAUUGAUCUCGCAAAGGCUGGAAUGAUAACAGUCGGAUUAGCGCGUAGAGUUGAUAAAGUUCAGGCUCUGAAGAAAGAAUUACCGGAAAAAUUACGAGUGAACUUACAUGCUAUGAAGUGCGAUGUGUGUGAGGAAGAGGAAAUUAUAAGGACAUUUGAGCUGAUCGAUGCCAAAUUCAACGGAAUUGAUGUUCUGAUCAAUAAUGCUGGUAUCAUUCGUCAAACUGCUCUGAUUGAUCAGGAUAAUUCAUCUUUAAUUCGAGAGGUUAUCGACACUAACGUGAUGGGCUUGGUUUUUUGCACUCGAGAAGCCUAUAAAUCUAUGGAAAAGCACGGAAGGAAUUCUCACGUUGUACAUAUCAACAGCAUUGUAGGACAACAACAUUUUUGUCUGCUUGAAUAUCCGUCUUUCAAUAUGUAUCCGCCAAGUAAAUUCGCAGUCACUGCGAUAACGGAGAUCCAUCGUCAGGAAUUUAUCAGGAGCAAACACCACAUCAAAGUAACUUCAGUGAGUCCUGGAGCAGUUAUAACUGAUAUUUUUGAGAAGGAUAUCAAGGAUAUGGUUGCCCAAGGACCGCAUCUCUUGCCUGAGGACGUGUCUAAGAGCGUUUUGUAUAUUUUGGGAACUCCUCCUCACGUUCAAGUUCACGAACUGACUAUCAAACCAUUUGGAGAAGAAAUGUAAUUUAG